UUUUGUGUCAUCGUUAUCAUUUACUAUCUUUUCUCUUUGUUGGCUGAAUUGAGCUCACAUAACAUACACUUUCUGUUUCUCUUUUUUUUUUCUGCUUUCAAUUUUGAUAAUCGCAGAGGAAAUUGUUUGAGCAUUAGGUGGAAGAUUUGUGUGGGCUGAUGAUGAUGACCACAUCGCUGCUACUCCCAUCGCCCUCUUGUGCUUCUAUACUCAGCGGAAGGACUCAGAGAAUUUCGGCUUCUGCUUCAUUUCACAGACUCAAGUAUCAUGUGAAGGGCUUCAGAGUGCGAGCUCUUAGAGAGAAGACGGAGGAAAUUGAAAACCCUUCACCUGAGGAAGUUACAAAGAAGUAUGGCCUUGAAGCUGGACUUUGGAAGAUUUUCAGCUCAAAAGAGGAAGGAAAGGAGAAUUCUGAGCAACAGACAUCAAAGGCUGAUCAAGCCAAGGAAUUGCUAGCAAAAUAUGGAGGAGCAUACCUGGCUACCUCAAUUACACUGUCAUUGAUCUCUUUCGCACUUUGUUAUGCACUAAUUAGUGCUGGAAUUGAUGUCCAAUCUUUGUUGCAGAAGAUUGGAAUCUCAGCUGAUGAGACUGGCGAAAAAGUUGGUACCUUUGCUUUGGCAUAUGCUGCACAUAAAGCUGCAUCUCCAAUUAGGUUUCCACCCACAGUGGCUCUUACCCCGAUUGUGGCUGGUUGGAUUGGAAAGAAAGUUGAGAAAGAUAAGUAGCUUGUAGUGAUACCUUCAAAUGUCAAACAAUCUGCCCCUGAACAUGCUUUUCUCUAUAGUAUCUCGAAUUUUAUAACCAGAUAAACAUUAGUUUCCACACUUAUGGGCAUGUUACAUUCUUAUUAUUUAUUAACGAUAAUGAAAAUGAUGUUUAAUAAUAUGCAUUAUGUAUG